AUGAAGGACGCAAGUUUCACGAGGUCGGCCGGGGGGAUGCAGGAAGAGUUCAAAAAAGGCGGCGGGUGGAAAGUCCGAGAAGCAGCAGCAGCAGCAGCAGCUCGGGGAGCCGAAAACGCGCGAGCGAGACACGGACGGACACCCGGCCGGGCAGCUUUCCUUCCUUCCAUCUCCGCUCUCGAGCCGCGCGCGCACGAGUCACAACCGGGGGGGCAACCGCCCACACGGCCGCCAGCACGUUGGCAAUGCCAAUGCCGGGGACCACGCCCCCCAAAACAUGGAGGGAAAGUGCGCGCCCCCCAGAGCAGGAGACCCGUCGGAUUCCAGAUUCUGUUGAAAUCGCCACGACGUGACUGGCUGGGCCGGCCGGUGGGUAGGGAUCCUUUUCGUUAG